AUGUUCGAUCCGUUAGCCACUUCUGAACCUGCUCCUUUUAGCGAUGAUCCAAAAAUUGUUGAAAAACGAGAAUUGAUUGAUUUUGAGUAUUUGGUUACUGUAGAAGAGGCGAUGGCAGGAAAAGGUGAGUUUGAUACCGUCAGGUCAACAUGAGGACAAGCUAUUUUCCUCACAUCUCAUACGAUUACUCGAAAAAAUCCUAAUUCAGAUAUUGGUCGACCAUAUCGUGUUCUUGCAAGUGGUGUUUUUGAUCUCUUUCAUUAUGGACAUGCAAAUCAAUUGAGACAAAUCAAACAACUUAUUCCAAAUUGUUAUCUAAUUGCAGCUGUUACAUCAGAUGAAGAUACAAUCAAAUAUAAAGGUCCACCAGUUCAAACUCUUGCCGAAAGAUCUGAUUCAGUUCGUCAUUGUCGAUACGUUGAUGAAGUUUGUCGAAUCUGCCCAUUUGAUGACAAUUUGCAAUUUAUGGAUUCGAUGAAAAUUGAUUUUGCUGCACACGACACGGAACCUUAUGUUUUGGGAAAUGUUACCGAUAUUUUUGCAGAACAUAAAGCGUGUGGACGAUUUUUGGCGACGCAAAGAACUGAAGGAACAUCUACGAGUGAUUCGAUUUAUCGAAUUUUAAAGGAUUAUGAUAGUUUUGUGAAGAGAAAUAUGAAUAGAGGAUAUAGUCCAGAACAAAUGAAUGUCGGAUUUUUCAUGGUUAGUUUUCGGGAGAAUAUUGAAAUGGGCUAGGUUUUUAAAUAUGAACUUUAAGUUUUGUGAUUUGAAAUUCCUUUUUUAAGCUACAGUAGCCCUUCAAAAAUUGAUCCUUUUUCAUUUUCAAAAAUAAUUCUUCUAUUUCCAGACAAACAGAAUGAAAGCUCAAGAAAAAUUUGGCUCAAUAAAAAAUCGCGGAAAAGUUGCUUUCGAAGAUUUCAAAUCAAAAUCUGAUGAAUAUUUCCAAAAUGUUAAUGAAAGUUUUCGUGAUAACGUAAGUCUCAAAUUCAAUGACCAGAUUAAUAAGUAAUUAUUUUCAGCCGCACCGUAUUCGCGCGCAAGACAAACUUGCCACUUUCAAAACUCGUGGAAUCGAUAUGUUUUCGAAUUUGAAAUUUAGAGUUGAGACAAUGUGGAAUCAACAAGUUAUCAAUAAUGAGCAAUGA